AGGGUCGUGAUCAUCUUUGGUAGCGCCGUGCGGCGCACCCAUGAAUCCCUGUCAUCUCAUUAAAAAAAGAGGAGUCGUAUGCAGGGAGGGGGCAGCCCAACGCCACGAUUUAGUUUUAUACACCUGCUGCUUCGUGCUGCGUGAGGGAGGCGAUUCGCUGGGUUUUACGCAUCUUCUCGCCUUUUCCCUACACCGAAACAUCUUCGCCGACUCCAAACAUCAUCAUCUCUCUCUCUCUCUCUCUCUCUCUCUCUCUCUCUCUCUCUCUGUUCUUGGCCUUGGGAAUUGAAGGCAGAAGGAGUCAUGAGCAACGAAUUUGAUUACCUGUUCAAGCUUCUCCUGAUCGGCGACUCCUCGGUCGGCAAGUCCUGCUUCCUCCUCCGUUUCGCUGAUGAUUCCUAUGUCGACAGCUACAUUAGCACCAUUGGUGUUGACUUUAAAAUUCGCACGGUCGAGAUGGACGGGAAGACCAUAAAAUUGCAGAUUUGGGACACAGCAGGACAGGAGAGAUUCAGAACCAUUACGAGCAGCUACUACCGAGGAGCUCAUGGGAUAAUUAUCGUCUACGACAUUACGGACAUGGAAAGCUUCAAUAAUGUCAAGCAGUGGUUGAGCGAGAUCGACAGAUACGCCAGCGACAGCGUAUGCAAGCUUCUUGUUGGCAACAAAUGUGAUCUAGCUGAGAGCAGGGCUGUCGAGACUGCAGCAGCUCAGGCUUAUGCUGAUGAGAUAGGCAUUCCAUUCCUCGAAACGAGUGCUAAAGAAUCGAUCAACGUUGAGGAGGCUUUCUUGGCAAUGUCUGCAGCAAUCCAGAAAAUUAAAUCGGGGAGUCAGGCAACCCUGGAGAGGAAGGCUUCUAAUCUAGUUCAGAUGAAAGGUCAGCCAAUUCAGCAGCAGCAGCUGCAGAAGAGCAGAUGCUGUUCAACAUGAUGACGCAACGAUCUCGGUGUCUUUUCAGGAAUCAAUAAUUUCUUGUAUUAGCUAAAUGAUCAAGCAAUUUGAGAUGUUUAUAUGGAUCUUUUUCUCCAACAGUUUAUAUGGAUCUUUUGGUGCUGCAACAUUUGUUGAAAUCGAUUCGAACUCCAUUUUAACAAUUCUAAUCAACAUUG